UCCGUAUCUUCCGUCCAGACCUGCUUUGCCUCAGCCUGCGCUGCGCCCUCCAGGCCUGGGGCGUCGCGGUACCGGCCUCCGCGCUUCACACGUACCCCCUUCGGCGCUCGGGCGGGGGCGGGAGGCGGAGCAGAGUGGUGGCGGGGGGGGGCCGUGUCGCCGCGGUCUAGUCGCGGCGGGCGGCGGUGACGGCGGCGUCGGAGGUCCCUCAGACAUGGCCGCCUCGGUGUUGUGCUGCCUGCGGUGCUGCAGAGAUGGCGGGACGGGCCACAUCCCUCUGAAGGAGAUGCCGGCCGUGCAGCUGGACACGCAGCACAUGGGAACAGAUGUUGUCAUUGUAAAAAAUGGAAGAAGAAUAUGUGGAACAGGAGGUUGUUUAGCCAGUGCACCUUUACAUCAAAACAAAAGCUACUUUGAAUUCAAAAUCCAGUCCACAGGAAUCUGGGGUAUUGGUGUUGCAACUCAGAAAGUUAACUUGAAUCAGAUCCCUCUUGGCCGAGAUGUGCACAGUCUGGUGAUGAGAAAUGAUGGAGCCCUGUAUCACAACAACGAGGAGAAAAAUAGGCUGCCAGCAAACAGCCUUCCACAGGAGGGAGACGUGGUGGGUAUUACAUAUGACCAUGUAGAAUUAAAUGUAUAUUUGAAUGGAAAAAACAUGCAUUGUCCAGCAUCAGGUAUACGAGGGACAGUGUAUCCAGUUGUUUAUGUUGAUGACAGUGCAAUUUUGGAUUGCCAGUUCAGUGAAUUUUAUCAUACUCCACCACCUGGUUUUGAAAAGAUAUUAUUUGAACAGCAGAUCUUCUGAAUGUAUUUGUUUUCGAAACUUGUACUUCUGCACUGUUAAAAGUGUUUACCAUUUAAUAAAGCUUUACCUGACCUAUAGAUGAAAAUAUAUUCUUAAAAAUAUGCUUGUUAAUGUUGUCUAAGGAACCAAUGUAUACAAUAUACCACCCUGAAGUUGUGAUUUAAAAUACUUAUGCUUUGUGAUAUGAAAUCAACAUUGGGGGCAGUUUAUUUAAUUCUUAUUUAAAUAAAUAUAACUAUGAGUUUAACAGUAUUAAAUGGAAAUAUGUAUAUAGGUAUUUAAAAGGGAGUCUUUCUUAAUGUAAAAUAUUUGUUUUGAUAGAGAUACAGAGUUGGGUGGGGUUUUUUGUCAUUCUGAAGUUUCGACCUCAUUAACUAUUUUAAGUCUGCAGUCCAAUAAUUUUGUGUCUCAGUGUCUUUUUUAUAUAGAGUAUAACAAAGUGACAAAUUUAUGUUAUUGGCAACUUCAUUUUUGGCAAUUUAUUUAGUGUAAAAUGUACGACUUUUCUUAAAAUUUAAGUUGCUUAUUUUGUUUGUAAGUCAUUGCUUUUGAUUUUCUUUGUGAAAGGAGAUAAAUGUAGUAGUUGUCGGAGCAUUUUGUUGAACACCAUCAUGCUGUGUUACUUCAGUACUUGAGAAAGUAAUGGUUGGUUGGUGAUGUGUACACAGCAGACAUUUAGAAUAGUAUGAUGCUUUCAACUUAAAUGGAAAUGAGAUUAUUCUUUAAGAACUUUUAUUUAAAUGUGCAUUUUUCUGUAAGGAAUAAUAAAAUAUUAGUAAUUAAGGACUAUUCAGUACUAUAUUACAUACAUGUUCUUCCUGUUUUGU